AUGCCUAACGAGACCUCCUUCAGUAAACCGUCGGUUUCCUCGGAGCAUCACACCCAGGGGACCAAAAUGGGCCCUUUGGGGAAGUCUGCCGGGCUAGCGGCCACCGCAGCCGGCGGCAACGCGGGGGGUUUAAGCCAGGGUCCUGCUGGGACCGCCACCGCUGCGGGGAAAAAAUCCCCGCGGCUCCCCAAGUGCGCGCGCUGUAGGAACCACGGCUACUCCUCGCCCCUGAAGGGCCACAAGCGGUUCUGCAUGUGGAGAGAUUGCCAGUGUAAAAAAUGCAGCUUGAUCGCCGAGAGGCAACGGGUGAUGGCCGCCCAGGUUGCGUUGAGAAGACAACAAGCCCAAGAGGAAGAGCUGGGGAUUAGUCACCCCAUCCCUUUGCCUAGCGCCACAGAAAUGUAUGUGAAGAAAGAAAACAACGCCAACAGUUCCUGCCUGUUGGAAAGCACCAGCCCACCACAGUCAACAACCACAGCAACUGUAGUAUCUACCUCAUCCACAGAAGGACGGAUGCUGAUUCAAGACAUUCCUUCCCUGGCCAGCAGAGGGCAUCUGGAGAGCACAUCUGACUUAGUUAUGGACCCCACCUACUACAGCAGUUUAUACCAGCCAUCCCUGUAUCCUUAUUACAACAACCUUUACAACUAUUCUCAGUAUCAAAUGGCUGUGGCCACUGAAACCACCUCUGGUGAUAUGGGAAGUCCACUGACAGGGUCACCUGUUAAGAGCAGCCUCCGAAGCCUCCCAACAACUUAUAUGUCAAGCCAGUCGGGAAACCAAUGGCAGGUGAAAAGCCCAGAAGGUCGGCACAGCUUGAGUUCCCAGUACAGGAUGCAUUCUUACUAUCCCUCCGGCUCUUACUUGGGACAAAGUGUUGGGGGCCCUGCCUGUGUUCCCCAAAUUUUUACUUUUGAGGAGAAUCCUUCUUACUCCGAAACAAAAACAAAUGUAUUUUCACCACCCAGCAGUCAGGAUUCUGGCUUGGUUUCCCUUUCCAGCAGUUCUCCCAUCAGCAAUGAAAGUACCAAGGCUGUCCUGGAGUGCGAGUCUGCCUCUGACUCCAGCACCUUUCCAGUCCAUUCUGUUAUGGAAGAUGGCGAAUAA